UCUUCUUCCUCCCCUUUCACUUUUGAUUUUCGUUUCCAUUUGUCAUUCUCAUUUCUUCUUCCUUUGCAUUUCUGUGGUGUGGAGCACCGUCGAGGAGCAGAGCAUGGAGUAGAGCGGAGUUCUUCGUUUCGGCAUCCAGGAAAAGUCCCCCAAGAAUUGAUUCGCUAUUCACAGCUAUUGCGAACUCCCUUCCUUCCUUCAACGUUCUUUCACUGUGUUCUUCAUUGUUGCAACAGAUGAUGCAGAGUUGCUGGUUGAGAAAGAAAUUAUUGUCCAUGAACUGGGAAGUGAUCAAGAACUAGCAAAUCUGGUUAAUGAUCUUUGCAAACAUGUGACAAAUUCAACAUGCUACCACCAGAUCAUGGAAGAUGUUAAUGAACACUACAACAAUGAUUGGAAAUGGGCAAUGGGGACAUUGAGGUUGGGAAAAUCAUUCUAAAUGAUUUUAGACUAUAUUGUUCCGCAUGGAGGGAAGCAUGCUUCUGAGAUGUAUUCAAAUACUAAGAAUUUGAAUUGAGAAGGGAUACACUUUAUUAAUAAGAUCAUUUUGUUCCCAUCAGUGGUAUGGUGGGUUUAUCUCUCGGAGAAAAACAUUUCAUACAAGGUGGCAUUGCUCAUGAUCUUCGAUGUGAUGGUAGAAAGAGAUUGACAUAUCGACCAAUCUUGGUUGAAACUGGAGUGAUUCCCCAGGCAAAUGGUUCAGCUCGAGUCAGAAUGGGUGCCACAGAUGUCAUUGCCAGUAUUAAGGCUGAACUUGGAAAGCCAAGCUUGUUGCAACCUAACAAAGGAAAAGUCUCUAUAUAUAUUGAUUGCAGUUCGACUGCAGAGCCAGCCUUUGAGGGUAGAGGGGGUGAUGAAUUGGCAGCAGAGCUGUCAAAUGCUCUUCAAGACUGUCUCUUGGGUGGUAAAAGUGGAGCAGGUGCUGGAGUUGACCUUUCAUCACUUAUUGUGGUUGAAGGAAAAAUUUGUUGGGAUCUUUACAUUGAUGGGCUUGUUGUUAGUUCAGAUGGAAAUUUGUUGGAUGCUCUAGGCGCUGCCAUUAAGGCUGCUUUGUGCAAUACAGGUAUUCCAAGAGUCCAAGUUGCUGCUGGAGCAUCCAACGAUGAGCAACCAGAAGUUGAUGUAAGCGACGAGGAGUUUCUGCAGUUUGACACAUCUGGAGUCCCUGUUAUAGUUACACUAACUAAGAUUGGGAGGCACUAUAUUGUGGAUGCAACGUCAGAAGAGGAAUCACAAAUGAACUCUGCCGUUUCCAUCUCUGUUAGGCAAGGGCACAUCUGUGGCAUAACCAAACGAGGAGGUGUAGGGCUGGAUCCAAGCAUCAUUCUUGAUAUGAUAUCUGUUGCCAAGCAUGUAAGCGAGCAAUUAAUGAACAAAUUGGAUUCAGAAAUUGCUUCUGCUGAAGCUGAAGACGAGUCAUGACACAGAAGAGCAUGGUGAUAACUAGGUGUACCCUAUCAUUUAAUUAUUUAGGACAACAUGUUGUAACUUGGUAACUACUGAGUCGGGAUUAAAUCUAUUAAGUGUAUGAUGGAAAUUGGUUUGCCUGCCUAGCUAUGGCUUUGAGAUGACUGUUUAAUGCCAUACAAACUUUCAACUUGCACAACAAUUGCAUGGUAGCAUUAAAGAUUGA